CCCACUCGAUCGAUGCAAUAACUCAUCACAUCUCUCUCUCUCUCUCUCUAUCUCCCACUUAUUCACUUCAUUUCUUCUUCGCUUCUCUUUGCUCCCCCCUCUCUCUCUGUUCUCUCUUUAGUUAUCUCUAAUGGUGGAUCAUUACCAAACUGUGUGCGCUAUGUGCGGCGACGUUGGCUUCCCUGACAAGCUCUUCCGCUGCUCCAAGUGCCUCCGCCGCUUUCAACACUCGUAUUGUAGCAACUACUACUACUACAGUGAGCAAUCGGAUCCGAUACAGGUGUGUGAUUGGUGCCAAAGCGAGCAGAGGAGGUGGAACAAUGGCGGCGCCGCCCCUUCGAGAAGUGAUUCGGGGACCAACCGGCCGUCGGAAUAUUCCGGUGACAAAAUCAAACAGCGCGACCGAGAAGAAGGCAUGGAAAAGUCAGGUGGGAAGAACCCUGCUGCGUCGUCUUUGCCACGGACCGCUACUCGCCGGUACAAACUUCUCAAGGAUGUUAUGUGUUGAAGACUAGCUAGCUUAAUUAUAAUUAGAUAUGUAUAUGAUAAUGUUCCAAUGAGACCGCCUUCCCUGUGAGAUCGUGUGGACCAGCAUACAAUGUAUUAAAACUAUUUUAAAAUAGAUUGUGUGCAUUCAAGUACGAGUCAGUAUUUAAGUACAAGUCAGCAUGUUGUAAUAGGUGAAGUGGUCUCAUUUAAUUACUAAUCUAUAUGUAUGGAUGGUUAGUUUGUGGAGUGCUAUAAUAACAAACCCAACUUGUUCCCA